GAGGGUAGAGGCACAAAAUAUUUCUUUCAUCCGUAAAAUAUGUGGAAGCUCAAGAUUGCCGAGGGUGGACCAUGGCUCAAGACUGGCAACAGUCACAUUGGAAGAGAAACAUGGGAGUUCGAUCAAAACUAUGGAUCAAAUGAAGAGAGGGAGGCUGUUGACUCUGCACGGGAAGAAUUCCAGAAGAACAGGUUCAGAAUCAGACACAGCUCGGAUAUUUUGGCUCGCAUGCAGUUAGCAAGGGAGAACGACUUUAGUCUUGAUCUACAGAAAGCGAAAGAUGAAACUCCUGUGGAUAUAAACCCAAAUACAGUAUCGGAAAUACUGAGAAAGGCACUCAGUUACUUCUCAGCAAUACAAGCACACGAUGGACACUGGCCAGGGGAUUUUCCAGGGCCAUUGUUUACCACAGCAACCAUGAUUAUAGUUCUAUACGUAACAGAGUCGUUAAGCAUUACACUAUCAUCAGAACAUCGCAAGGAGAUUUGCCGUUACCUGUACAACCGUCAGAACAUAGAUGGGGGAUGGGGGCUACAUGCGGAAGGUGAAAGCUCUAUGCUCAGCACGGCACUCAACUAUACUGCUCUGAGGCUACUUGGUGAGAGUGUUGACGAUGGACCGGAUAUGUCCAUGCCUAAAGCAAGAAAAUGGAUACAUGACCAUGGUGGUGCAACAAUGAUACCAAUCUUGGGGAAAGUGUGGCUCUCGGUGCUUGGAGUUUUUGAAUGGUCAGGUGUAAAUCCCAUCCCCCCAGAAUUGUUUCUGCUUCCAUCAUUGGUUCCUAUUCAACCAGGACGCUUGUGGAGUCACUUCAGAAUGGCUUUCAUUCCCAUGUCCUAUUUAUAUGGCCAAAAAAUUGCAGGCUCCAUAACGAGAUUGGUUAUGUCAUUAAGGGAAGAGCUACAUAUUCAUCCCUAUAAAAAGAUUGACUGGAAGCAAGCACGCAAAUUAUGUGCAAAGGAAGAUGUGUACAAUCCACAUACAUGGCUACAAGAGUGCCUAUCCGACUGCCUUUACAGUUUUGGUGAACCUUUUCUCACAUGUUGGCCAAUUUCCUACAUGAGAAAGAAAGCCCUACGACAAAUAGCCGAGUUCUUGAAAUAUGAAGAUGAGAAUUCUCAGUACAUCUGCAUUGGUGCUGCACAGAAGGCAUUAUCCAUGCUGUGCUGUUGGAUUGAAAAUCCCAAUUCAGAUGCAUUCAAGUGCCAUUUGGCUAGAGUUGCUGAUUUUCUAUGGGUUGGUGAAGAUGGCAUGAAAGUGCGGGUCUGUGCCGGUCAAUUAUGGGAUGUUGCUUUCGCGGUCCAAGCGAUAUUAGCAUGCAAUAUUGCAGAAGAAUAUGGUAGUACCCUCAAGAAAGCACAUGAUUUUAUAAAAGCUUCCCAGAUCAUGGACAAUCCUUCUGGUGACUUCAGCAGAAAGUACCGACACAUAUCUAAAGGAGGAUGGGCCUUCCAGGUUGCAGAUCAGGGGUGGCAGGUUUCAGAUUGCACAGCAGAAGCUCUUAAGGCUUUGUUACUGCUGUCGAAGUUUUCAUCAGACACUGUAGGUGAUCAGUUGGAAACCUGCCGCCUACAUGAUGCAGUGAACGUACUAUUAUCCUUACAGAACCCAAAUGGUGGCUAUGGAACAUGGGAGCUAGCUCGCACGUAUCCAUGGAUGGAGAUUUUCAACAUGACAGAGAUAUAUGCAGACAUCAUGGUGGAGCAUCAGUACGUGGAGUGUACCUCAUCAGUCAUCCAAGCAUUGGUAUUGUUUCGGGAGAAGUACCCUGAGCAUCGGAAAGAUGAAAUAGAUCAAUGCAUCAGGAGAGCUACAGAAUUCAUUGAGAAGUUACAGAAUGAUGACGGUUCAUGGUUUGGAUCUUGGGGAAUUUGUUUCACAUAUGGCACAUGGUUUGCCAUAGAGGGUCUUUCAGCCGUUGGACAGAGUUAUGGUAACAGCACCUGCAUUGGGAAGGCCUGUAAGUUUCUGUUAUCAAAGCAGCUAAGGAAUGGUGGAUGGGGUGAGAGUCAUCUUUCAUCUAGAACCAAGGCAUACACAAAUUUGGAUGGGGAGAAGUCACAUAUAGUGAACACUGCGUGGGCAAUGUUGGCACUCAUGAAAGCUGGACAGGUGGAAAGAGAUCCCACUCCUCUGCACAAAGCAGCAAGACUUAUCAUGAGCAUGCAGCUCGGCAAUGGUGACUUUCCGCAGGAGGAAAUGAUUGGGAGUUUCUUGAAAAAUGGCCCCUUGUGCUAUAUGGCUUAUCGCAACAUAUUUCCUAUAUGGGCUCUUGGACAGUAUCAUAAAUUAGUACUGCACUGAGGUUCCAACCUUCAAGCUGAAAGCAAACGAAUGCAGCUCCAUUUGCUGGCAAUGCUACUCUGAAAAAUUUGGCAAGUGUGGUGCCAUCUCAAUUUCGUGAAAGAAUUGGCAGGUUUUAUAUGUCCAGUGUAAUUACAAGUGGUGUGCAUAUCUAAAGAUAGAUCAAAGUUCCACAUUUGCAUUAUUUUUUUAUAAUUUUAAGAGCUUCCUAUAAAUUUGCUGUACAUUCUUUGCAUCUCAUGUGCAAGAGAAAUGCACAAAAUAACAAUGUUUUUCGUAUCCAAUUGAACUCCAAAUUAUUUGAAAUUUAUUAUGCUCUGGCUAAUUAAGCAUGUCAAAAAUCAUAAUUACAGAUGAAAUUGUAAAGUAGCUUACCUAAUCAAACAGAUCAUGUUAGAAAAUUCAUACCAAAGCUGACGUUUUUACAGUUACGGUAAUUUCUUACCACGGAUUUUUCCGGAGAAAGUAUCUAACAUGUUUCCAGUAGGCUACUAUUAACAGUUAUGUCACCAAGAAGCACGAUAGACAAAAUUGAUUAAAAGUUAAAAUCUCAGAGACAACAAAACAAGUCGUAUAAUAAAUUAGAACGUCGCAAUCAGACUGACCCAGCACUGUAAUCUCUACACACAACCUUUAGACACUGCUAUUACCAGUAGUUUUUUACUAAUGGACUACCAAGCAAUAUAAUUUUGCAAACAACACUGAAAGGCUAUUAUUUGGUUGGGGGUGCGGUAUUUUGAAACUAAUGGAUCACAUCAUCACAAUACCUAGGAUUAAGUGACACAUGCCAAUGUGCCAUAGACCAUGCCACCUUGGGGUUUUGUGACACCACAAAAUCCGGGGUCAUGUGA